UCUUCAUAUUCUGUUUCUGUUUACAUUUUUUGGUAACCUGUUCACACAGGUUUCUAACAUUUUAGAUAAAUUUAUCAAUACAUUCAAUAAUAUAUAAUACUAAUGUAAAAUUCAUGGCUGGUCCAAAACAUGUCGCAAGAUUUGCAUCUUUCCACAUACUGUGUAGUAACACCAGAACAUUGAACCUAAAUCAUCAAUAUGCUAGAACUAUUUUGUGCUUAUCACAAGUGAAUCAAAUGUGCAAAGGAAGACAUCAGCACCAAGACAGUCACAAAGUAUGGAAAAAAACUUUCCUUGAAAGCAGUAGAGAUAUUUAUCUGCAUAAUAAUAUAUAUAACAGCAAAUUUUUUAAAGGACGUUUAUGUUAUCGUUAUUUCUCUUCAACUGCAAACCAGAAAGAGCAGAAAUCAUCAAAAGAAAGUCCAUCAGAAAACCCAGCACCAGUAAAACAAGGUACAUUAAAAAAAGUUAAGGCCAUUGUUGAUGUGUUUUGGAUUGGCUGUAAAGCGUUAUUUAAAGAUGUACGACUAGCUUUGAAAACGCGGCGUAAACUUGGGUUAUACCAUCAGCGUGAUUAUAGCAAACUGAGCAGAGAAGAACUGCGUCAUAUGAGACAGACCAGACAAGAUGUUGUGAAGACGUUUCCAGUUACGCUGAUGUUUAUGAUCCCAUUCAUUGGAUACGUUGCACCUCUGCUUGCGUAUUUCUUUCCAAAGCAACUGUUGUCCCAGCAAUUUUGGCAUCCCGAUCAAAAGAAAGAGUUUAUAUUGGAAAAGUAUGAACGGAGGAGUCAAUAUUACCAACCGCUUAUAAAAGAAGUUGGUGUCACCAGCAAAGAGAUCAAAAAUAACGAGUUGUUAAAUCUUUGUUAUAAUGUUUUGGAUGGAUGGCAUCCAUCUAAUUCAGAGUUACUCACAUUUAAGGAUGUUUUUAUAAAAUGUGAAGACUUGUCACUCCAAGGGAUGCCCCGUUAUCAUUUGGUGAAGAUAUGUAAAUGUUGGUUGAUUCCCACAGCAUGGUAUCUUCCUCGUUGGUUUCUCACAAAUUCAUUACGACGACGCAUUUUACGUUUGAGAGACGAUGACGCUUUGAUUUUAAGAGAUGGAAUUGAAAUCCUGACGCCUGAAUGUGUACAACAGGCUGUUCAAUUCCGCGGUUUAGACGAAGCGUCACUUUGCGAUCGCUUGAAAGUUCAUUGGCUGGACGAUUGGGUGAAAUUAUCUACAAAAGUUUCAGCUGAAGAUGUUGCGUUUCUUGCACAUUGUGCUGUUUUCAAAGCAGCAAAUUUCGAAACAGUCGAAAAUCGAAAUUUAUAAUGACGUUUGCACGAGUGAUGUUUGUUUCACACGUUGUUUAGAAAUACUUGAGUGUUUUAGAAGAUAUUGUGCCACCCCCAA